AUGGCAGGCCAAGAUAUUCCAGAAGACUUCCUCAGGGGACCAUCCCCAAAUGCAACCCUCAACAUACUCGAUUUCGAGCGCACAUCCCCACCGAUCCCCCAAUACAAAGGCCACUUCGCCGCUAUAGUGGACAACUUUAUGACCGAAGUCGAAUGCAAAGAGCUCAUCCGUCUAGCAGAAGAUUCAACAAGAACCCAACUCCCAGACUCAACCCUCUCGCCUCCCGUAUGGGAACAGGCAAUGAUCAACGCCGGCGGCGGCAAACAAGUAAUGUCCAUCGACACGCGCAAAGGCGGACGGAUCAUAUUGGACUCACCCAGUCUUGCAGAAAGAAUUCUGGAGCGAAUUAUGCCUUUCAUGCGCGAGUGCGAAAUCGACCGCCUCCAGGGCAAACCCAUUGUUACGGGUCUUGGGCCUGCGAAACGGGGCGAAGUGCUCCGUCUCAGUCGGCUGAAUGAGCGUCUUCGGUUCCUGCGUUAUGAGGGCGGGGAUUAUUUCCGGCCUCAUUCGGAUGGGUGUUUUGCUACACCUGAUGGGCUGGAGAAGUCGCUUUACACUAUUCACUUAUAUUUGAAUGGAGAAGGUGAACAGGAUAUGGAGGAGUUACAGCCUCAUGUUGAGCGGGCGGAGAAGACGAAUCGGUUGUUCGCUUUCGGCCAGAGAUGGGAUAUUGAUCUUCAAGAUGCCGAGAUUGAGUCUGAAGGGGCUCAGGUCGGUGAUGGGAGUUGUACUGCGGCUACAGAUACCUUGGGGAAGACUGAGAGCCUUCUAGGUGGUGCGACCUCGUUUAUGGCUGGUAUGAACUCGAGGGAGUCGGUUCGGAUAUUUCCAAAGACGGGAUCUGUUCUGAUAUUUCAGCAAAGAAACUUGUUCCAUGGUGGAGAUGAUGUGUUUAGAGGUGUCAAGUACACUGUACGGACAGAUGUCAUGUAUGCUACCGAAUAA